CCUGGAGAUAUUAUAACUCUAUUGGUACGGUGGCCGGUUAAAGUUGAAGCCAUUCGAUUGGCCACAAGGAGCCAGAGACUUGAGACAGUGGCUCACUCGAGUUCGCCAGCCACACCCACCCACCAGCAACCACUGACGUUUGUGGCGCAAUUUUAGAGGUAUGUGCUAACCUUUGUUGUGAUCGCUUCGCUUGCCCCGCGUCUGUCUGCACCGCAUCAAACCGCCCAACUACAAAGAGCCACUCUGAGACCCAAACCAAUCCACUUCACCUCGACCCCUCUUCUCCUCCAUACGCGUACGAACCUUCCCAGACAUACAGAAAGACACCGUAAAGCGAAGCCAUGUUCGUCCUCAGGAAUCUGGGGAAGUUCGUCUUUGGCGACUCGACGAAGCAGGAUAUCAUACAGCUCGACCAGGGACAGCUGUAUAUUGUCCGGCCGCAUUCCGUGAAGGGAUAUAGCGAGUGCAUAUUCAAAGAUGCGCAAGCCACCAUCCGACGGACGUCGACCCAGUAUCACUACCAGCUUGUCAUCCAGCGCGCCUUCGAAGAGGGUGAGGAGCAGUUGAUCGAUGAUGCCGAGGACUCGGAUGACACCAGGGACGAAAAGACCUUCUUGUUGGACGAGAGUCUGCACAUGAGAUCGGCCGUGAGGGACGGCCACGCUGUGUUCGCAUGGCGAGACUUGAGCGGUGACCCAGGCGACGUCUACGAGUUCGUUUGCGAUACGACCGUUCAGCCGAGCUCGAUCCAGACAUUCGAGGUUGUUUCCAUGCAGUGCCAGUUCGAGCGCAAGUACAAGCGCAGCUACGAGACCGCCACCGAGAAGGAGUUGAACCAGUUCAUCUUCACGGAUAGUCCGAUUCCCCCAGCUUCACCGGUGGCCACUCCGCCCAAUACCUCAAAUGCUGGGUCGCCCGUUGGUGCAUCCAAAGUUCCCGCUGCCCCCGCUGCCCCCGUUGCUCCCGCUAGGAACACUAGGAGACCGAAGCAACCGGAAACGGUGACUCCCGAGGUUGUCGCCACAGUCACCCCGAAGACAAAGUCCGCCCCUGAGGCCUUGGAUGUGUUCUGUACGGAGAAGGCGGAGUUGCAUCUCUUUGAUCUUGCAAGCGGAACCUUCGUGCUCCAAGACUCCGAGGCUACAGCGGUUGUCAGCGAGGUGGGGAAGUGGCAGUAUUGGUUACAGAUUGAGGGUCCUGAGCAGGCUCAUGUUGGAAUACCCGUGAUCGCAGACAUCAACCCUGUGUUCAACUUCGAAUACCUAUCGUUCAUCUUCAACCAGUACGACUUCGAGAAUGGCUCCGCCUUCUCGUGGCUUCUCCGCUUCAAGGAUUACGAGACUGAGGAGCGCUUCCAGGAGGGCUUGAUGCGCGCGCUCUGGGAACAGCUGAACGAGCAGAAGUGGGCCAAAUUCAAAGACCAGGACCGCGAGUACGUCAUGGAUGCGUUCAACGAUCUCACCAUGGACGAUGCGCCGCAAGAGGCCGAUGAAGACGAGUUCUAUGAGUAUGAGAAUGAGGACGAAGAGCAGCUUCAGGACGAUGAAGGCAGUCGGAGCGAGGAGUACGACACUGACGAGGAUGAGGACGAUAAGCAUGUGCGCAACAUCAAUGACGAUGGGGACGAGAACAGCCAGUUGGCCGUCGGGUUCAAGCAUGAUCGGAGCUUUGUCGUCCGUGGAAACAAGAUUGGCGUUUUCAAGCACGUUGGUGAUAACGGUUUAGAGUUUUCCACCACCAUCAACAGUGUUAAAACGCCCAAGGGCAAGGGAUUUGUGCCUUCCAAGGUGAUGCUUCACGAGGGCGACAGCAGCAUGAUCAUGCAGGACGAGACGAACCCUCACAAUCUAUACCGUAUGGACCUCGAGUACGGCAAGGUCGUCGACGAUUGGAAGAUUCACGACGACAUCCCAGUCAAAGUCUUCGCACCAGAGAAAAAGUUCUCUCAGAUGACAGGUGAGAAGACAUUCCUCGGACUAUCCAACAACGCCCUCUUCCGCAUCGACCCACGUCUUUCCGGCGACAAACUUGUCGAUUCCGAGCUCAAGCAAUACGUCACCAAGAAUGACUUCUCCGCCGCCGCCACAACCGAAAACGGCUACAUCGCAGUUGCCUCCAACAAGGGUGAUAUCCGUCUCUUCGACCGCCUGGGCAUCAACGCAAAGACGCUCCUUCCUGCCCUCGGUGAGGCUAUCGAUGGCCUCGACGUCUCCAAGAACGGCCGCUACGUCCUCGCCACCUGCAAAACCUACCUCCUCCUCAUCGACACCCUCCAGACCGGUAAAAACGAGGGCAAGCUCGGCUUCCAAAAAGCCUUCCCGAAAGACGAGAAGCCCAAGCCGCGCCGCCUCACCCUCAACCCCAUGCACGUGGCGCAAAUGCAAGCGGAAACCAAAUCGCCGCUCUCCUUCACCACCGCCAAGUUCAACACGGGCGUAGACGCCAACGAGACGGCAAUCAUCACCUCUACCGGGCCCUUCGUCGUCACCUGGAACCUCAAGCGCGCCCUGGCCGGAAAGCGCGAUCCCUACCAGAUCAAACGCUACCAGGAGGAGGUCAAGGCUGACAACUUCCGCUUUGGCUCCGAUAAGUCCGUCGUCGUCGCCUUCGCCAACGAGGUCGACAUGGUCCGCAAACAGACGUUCUCAAAGCCGUCGCGCGAGAGCAUCAGCACCCCCGUAAGGCAGCUGAGGAAUAGAAAUGCGAUCGUUGAUAGUCCUUACUAAGUAAACCAGCUACCUAGAUCUGGAUAUGGCGUGGGCAGGGGAAGGGGAAUCUGGAGGGGAUUUGUGCGGGCGUUCAAUUUGUGUGCUGUUUACUACUCCGCUGGCUGUGCUUUUAACGUUCGUUGAAAUUGUUCUUCUUUUCCCCUUAACCGCUAGGUACUCUACUUCAAUGGAUUGGAAUGGAAUGGAUGGAAUGGAUGGGGUAUGGGUAUGGGUAUGAUGAUGAAUGGAUAGGGUAUGGGUAUGGGUAUGAUGAUGAAUGGA